UUCUGAUUAUUUAUUUACUAUGCAUGGUGGCCUGGCUUUAAAUUUUCACGCGGAAUUUCAAAUUUACAAACCAUUUUGAAACCUUCCAACAAUUCAAACUAUAGCUUCACUCCCGCAUGGCGUCCGCCAUUGAACAAUCUUCUUCGCGACGAAAUGAAGAACAACCAGAGUUCGAUUUGAGGGAGUGGGGUCUCAAAGCUCGAAUCCGCCAUGAAAACACUGUUUCAAGAAGAUAUUCGGGUUCUUAUAUCAGAAAUUUCAGAGAAAAUACAAGCUCAUUUCGAUCCAACUUUACCAUUUCCAGCACUGCGUCGUCUCCGGGAUGUUCUUUGAAAGCUGGGAUCGAUCCUUCAACAUAUUCAUUCACUACAGCUCUUAAAGCAUUGCAGGCGAGGACAGUGUAUAAUAGUUUGGAAUGCUCACCUGAGGGAUUUGCUUUAAACUCCAAGUGGAAUGAAGCAGAGAAGUACAUUUGCAAUCCUCUUUCAGGAGAGUUUCCAGUGGAAUGUUUGUCUGCAAAAACACUCAGUGGAAGGUCAUUUCGCAAAUUACCAAACAAAAUCACCAUUUCUGCUCCACUCUUUUACUCUUCAACCACACUUCAGGAUGACAUUGCUCACUUCCCAAUUCCAGAAACGACAGCUGAGAGCUUGACUAGAGAUGUGGGAACUCAAAGUACUCCGCCUGCUCUCAGUUCUGGUAGUCUUACUCCUGUUUCAACCCCUUCAAUCUUAGAGAGAGCAACGCAUCGAUGGGGAACUGUAAAUGAAGAUUCCCCAAUCUCUAACACAAAAUCAAAAUCGGAUGAACAGGGGCAGGCUUUUCAACACCAGAAACAAGAAUCGGAAAACAUUUUGGGAUUUUUUAAAAAGUUGUCUGUUUUUUUUUUUUUUUUUACUUGAAUCAUCUCAUUGUUUUAAUGUGGAUCAACCAAAGAUGCUUGCUUCAAAUGCCAAAUCUUUAAAAGAAUUCUUCAGGUUUUUUGUGUUAUUUCAUCCUUUUGAUUGUUUAUGGCUUUCAAAUCGGUUGCAUUUGCAACAUACCCUCUUAUCCAGAAUCCAUAUAAGAUAGGGAUACUCAUGUUUCGUGGGAUAUUUUUAUAAUAAAUCUGAAGUUAAUUGGGAUUGGACUUUGGAGGCAAACUCCUUUAAUACUGUUUUUUCCAUCCACAAUUCAAACUUUAAGAUAUUGCGUACAUUUAACCAGUAUUAAUCAUAUAUUUAAAUAUAAAUAUUAGCAUUUGAUGUUUCAAGAAUCUUUAAAUAUAUGAAAAGCAUUAAAAUCAAAGAUCAGACACCCUCAUUUGAGUUUGAAUACCAUAGUUAAGUCAGCAUCCCUUAGAAGAUCAAAGAAGUUCCACAAUAUGUCAAUACAAGGUAAUGGUAUUUUUCAAAACUUAUCUUGUUCAGUCUUUUCAUUUUACUUGAAGUUUUCUUAUUUGCCACAUACUCUAAGACGAGGAAUUUACAAAGAUGUUAUAUAUAUAUAUUAAACACAUAUUUAUCAUCCAACAAUUAAACUUAAAUUCAAAAUCUAAUAAUAUAGGUGAAAACAAUCGAAAUGUUUAUUUAUCGAAUUUAAACUUGAAUCUGAAUAACAUAGGUGAAAUGAAAACAAUGGAAAGGUUUAUUUUAUCAAAGUUGGCUAACGAACUGCAUGGAUGAAGGCACAAAUUCAUUGAUAUAGUGGGUUUUGCAGGUUGAAGUGAAAGAAACAAAAGAGAAGAAAGAAGAAGCAGCUAUGGAUAAAGAAGAU